UCCAUGACAACCAUGUAGACACUCUUCACUUUAACAAUCUACACCAGCAUGAACCAAGACAUUUAAAACAAAUUUUUGAAGCAGUCGAUGGAGUACAAUUGGAAAGAUUAAGGAAAAUCCAGAUGGGGUGCAGGUGCUGCAAAAUGAUACAAAGCUAUAUCUUUGAUCCAGAAGAGGUACAAUCAUCUGGAUGCAUUCAUGAAGUAAACAGCUAUAAACACAAUGAACAAGGCAGCAAUAAAUCAAAAUUCAAAGAGAAUGGUGAAAAUGAAGAACCCAAAAAUGAACUCCAGCAGGAUGAGAUAAACAAAACAGAAAAUAAAAAUCCAGUAAAUAGUACAACAGAAACUCUUUGGAAUCACAGAGGCAAUGAUUCUCAAGAGGAUGGCCUUGUGAAGUGUGCUGCAAAGCUUGAUGUUGCAGUCAAUGGUGGCAAUUCCUGUGCUCAGCACUCCAUGCUCAACCCCAACACAAGCCCAGUGAAAGAAUCCAGUGAAAAGGGAACCUCCAGCCAGUCAGAGGCUUCUCCAUCCAACAGAGACUUCUACACCGAGUCAAAUAGGCCUGGACAAGAGCUUGACCUAGAGACAGGCAGUCAGAGUAAGGCAGCCAGCAAAGUGCCUAACAGUAUUCCAGACUCCCAGUCUGCAGGAGACAGCAUCUUUCUCAAAGGAAACUCAAUACUGGAAACAGAAAACAAUACCAUAAGACUGCCAGAUAUUGAUUAUCCCCAAAAUGGCAAUCAAACUGGGAACUGUGUUGAAAAAGACAGCUUUUCAGUAAACUGCACACAUUCAGACCAAAACACUGGUACUUCAGCAAUACAGGACCAGGACCUUCAUGCAAUCCCACCCUGGCCUGGGAAAGAGAGCAGUAUUGAACCUUUUAAAACCGACUCUGCAAGUUUGAGUGAGAGCCUUACUGGCAGCAUCACUGCAGUGGCUGUUACCAAAGUCCCACAGGCACCCCCACACACCAACCAUAAAGAUGUCAGUGGAGGAAUUGAGGAGGAAGAUGCAGAAGUUGCAGCAGCUCUGGCUGCACUGGAAGCUGCAACAGCAGGAGAAGAUGUGGAAGAUGAUGAUGAGUACUAGAUGGUCUCUUUCUAACACAGUGGGUAAGAUCUAGACGUUAUUGCUGGAUCAAUAUGAACAGAUAUACAGC